GCACAGCCGCUACAUCCGGGCGCUGCGCUCGGUCUCCAAACCCUGCGAAGAUGGCGACGUCAGGGAGGAGUACACUAUUAUCCUCCAAUUCCACUGGACCUAAGGGCACACUGGACAACUCCAACCAGGAGGAGGAUGACGGGCAGAAUUUAUGGUCCACCAUCCUCAGUGAAGUAUCAACCCACUCAAGAUCAAAGCUACCGUCUGGGAAGAAUGUCCUGGUCAUGGGUGAGGUGGGCUCCGGGAAGACCACCUUGGUUGCAAAGCUACAGGGGGUGGAAGAGUACAUGAAAGGGCGUGGCCUGGAAUACCUCUACUUCAGUGUCCAUGACGACGAUAUUGAAGACCACACCAGGUGUAAUGCCUGGGUGUUGGAUGGAGACCUUUACCACAAAGGUCUGCAGGGAGUAGCUGUACCAGUGGAUUCAGUCAGCAACACGUUGCUGCUGAUAACGAUUGACAUGUCACGGCCUUGGAACGCCCUGGACACCCUUCAGAAGUGGGCUGCCGUCGCUAGGGAACACAUCGACAAACUCCGGAUCGCCCCAGAAACGCUGCGAGAGCUGGAGCACAGACUUGUCAAACAGUUCCAGGAGUACACAGAGCCAGGCAGUGGGGAGGAUGGCACCCCACAGAGGAGGAGUGAAGAGGAGGAGAGCGUGCUCCUGCCAUUAGGAGACAACACACUUACAAACAACCUGGGCAUACCACUUGUUGUGGUCUGCACCAAGUGUGACGCCAUCAGCACAUUGGAGAAGGAGCAUGACUACAGGGAUGAACACCUGGACUUCAUUCAGUUCCACAUCAGGCGUUUCUGUCUUCAGUACGGCGCAUCUCUAGUUUACACCUCAGUGAAGGAGAUGAAGAACCUGGACAUCCUCUACAAAUAUCUGGUCCAUAGACUCUACGGCUUCCCCUUCCACUGCCCUGCACAAGUAGUGGAAAGAGAUGCCGUCUUCAUUCCAUCAGGUUGGGACAAUGAGAAAAAGAUUGCCAUACUUCACGAGAACUUCCAGACAGUAAAAGCAGAUGACACUUUUGAGGACGUAGUAGUCAAACCACCGGUCAGAAAGAUUGUUCAUGAAAAAGAAAUUCAAGCAGAAGAUGACCAAGUGUUUCUGGUAAAACUGCAGUCGCUGCUUGCCAAACAGCCAGCUGUAACAGCAGGGCGACCCGUGGACACCACCAGCAGAGCACCCACUGGUUCCCCCAGGACGAGUAAUCGCUCUGCAGCGGCCAACGUAGCAAACACCAUGCCACAGUCGGGUCAGACCAGUGAGGGUGUGUUGGCCAACUUCUUCAACAGUCUACUCACAAAGAAGUCAGGGACGGCUGGUCCUGGGACGCCUGGUGGCGGGAAUAACACUCCAGGAACCGUACGCAAGUCAGGUUCCAAGCUGGGCCUGAGUGAUGUACAGGCAGAACUGGACCGCAUAUCCAGCCGGGAAACGGACUCAGACUUGUCCAAUGCCAACGAGUCCCCUGCCACCGACGGUCAGGACACAUGAAGACAAACACAUUUCACCUUGCUCUCCUCCCAUGCUCGACCUCAGUCACCUUUCACCCUUCCUUGUCCUUCCUCCCUCCCUCCAGCCUCAGCACCUUCUCCAUUACAAAGUUGUGGGGAGAAGAAGGGAAGUAGGGGAUUUCGGAGGGAUGGACUCUUUUGGGACUUUUUUCUUUAUUUUCUCCUCCCUGUUCUCUUUCAAUUUUUCCUCGAGAUGAAGAUGAAGAACUCACCCGCUCUUCCACUACAUCAUCUCCCACACACUAUUCUCCAUUCCUUUUCUUUUAUCUUCCUGGCUGGUUGCGCUGAGGGCGAGUAUCUGUCACUGUUACGGCUGUCUGUUACGUGAGAGUAAAUGGUGUGGGGGACAAAUGGGGGGAGUGAUGGCUAGGAUGAGAAGAAGGGAUGGGUGGGUUGGAAAAAGACUGACUGCAAGAGUGAAAGCGUUUCAUCCAUCCAUUUAUUGUGAUGGUACAGUUAGUGUUUUUACAGGAGGAACUGCUGAACAGAGCAAGUCGAGUAAACUGCACUUGGGUACUAUAGGGAUGAUUGUGUGUGUGUGUGUGUGUGUGUGUGUUUAAUGUGGGGCAGGUAUGCCUGACCAGAGGAAGGAAUUAUGAACAAAAAAAUAUGCCGGAAACAAAAUUGCAAAUUUUUGUUUUUAUUAGACGAAGGGACAAACAUACCAGUAUUUGUGUGUGCGCUUGCGUGUGUCUGAGAGAGUGAAUUGAGUAAAGAAUAUUAAGUUAAGUUACGUCAUCCUGCUUAGGCCUGUAUGUUGACAGAUGUUGGCUGUUUGCAUUUCAACCAAGAAGCGACGAUUACAUUACUAUCUUACACUACGGCCACUUAAACAAUGCAUCCGGAGCAGCUCUUUUUACUGGUUUACACACACCAAACCUGAUUAAUGAAUAUACUACAAAAUCAAAAAAAAGUUCACACUCCAGCACUAGUACUAGUACUACUGUGUAGAAGGCACCCAGGGUCUAUCAUGACACCCAGCUCUACAAUUGGACAACAUCCCCUUGUGGUAAAUAAUGCUCAAACCUGUAGAUAACUGAUAGUGCACUGAAAAGGAAGAGUUGAAGUGUUGGUGGGUAACUGAGCUUUAUUUGCACAGAAAGAGGCACUAGUGAUGCAGUUUAAUAGUUUCUGGGCAGGGUUAUUGGGUGGACAAGGGUAAUAACAUUAAUUUGGGGAAGGGGGUCACAUCACAAAUGUACAGUCAUUGUCUCGCUGAUUGGUCCUGUUAUUUCAAAGCUCUGUGUUGGCGUUUGUAUAAUCAGAUCUGAAAACCAGUCAAAUAAAAGGUGUAUUUAUUCGGAUUCAUCCAA